UCGUGGUCGGUAUCAUGGCGGCCUCGAACCGUGAGAUUUGGAGGUUCCGCUAAAAGUAAAUUAAAGUUUCGGAUAGUCGUACACUAUAUAUAUUUUUUAAUUUGUGCAUUUCGUGGGUGCUUCGUCAAACGUCUACCAAUGUUGAAGCAGUUGCAAAUGGGACUUCGCGCCUUCCUCCUACUGGCUUCGAAAAUAUGGAGUUUUGUAUGUUAUGUUGUUAGAAAACAGGUUCGAGCGGUCAUACAACACCAGACAAUCAAGUAUGACGUUCUACCCCUCUCUCCACUGUCCAAGCAUAGGCUAAGCUUGGUGAAACGGAAGAUACUAGUCCUCGACUUGGAUGAAACGCUGAUUCACUCUCAUCAUGAUGGCGUCAUCAGGCAAAUGGUCAAGCCAGGGACGCCGCCUGACUUUGUCCUAAAGGUCACAAUAGAUCGUCAUCCAGUUCGCUUCUUUGUUCACAAGCGUCCGCAUGUCGACUACUUCCUUGAUGUAGUAAGCCAGUGGUACGAGCUGGUUGUGUUCACAGCCAGCAUGGAGAUCUACGGCGCUGCCGUGGCCGACAAGCUCGACAACAACCGUGGAAUCCUCAGGAAGCGCUACUACCGACAACACUGUACACUUGAUUACGGGAGCUACACCAAAGAUCUCUCCGCUAUCACGCAAGAUCUGUCGAGCAUUUUCAUCUUGGACAACUCGCCCGGUGCCUAUCGGUCCUAUCCAGACAAUGCCAUCCCCAUCAAGUCAUGGUUCUCGGACCCGAGGGACAUGGCGCUGCUCAACCUUCUGCCCGUGUUGGACGCCCUGCGCUUCACCAGCGAUGUGCGCUCAGUGCUGAGCCGCAACCUACACCUUCACAACAUGUGGUAGCGUUUGCUGUGGAUACUUUGUCAUCUCCUCCUCCUCCGGCCGUACAACGUCUGAAUUGCUGCCGUCGACACCUCAGGGGCGACGUCCGACGCUUCUUCCUGUCAGCCUCCACAUUCGAGCCCCCAGCAGCCCAAACUCAGCGUUAGGUCAUGUUUGGUGACGACGAACAAUGUUGAUAUUUCAGCAAUCUAACGAUGAGUGUGGCCUCUACGGAUUCUCCGCCGGAAUCGUUGGCACCUUGAUGGGACCUGCUCGUUGCCUUGCGCAUGGCCGUGGCUUCGUUGCCGACCGAUGCCCAGGUGGAACUUUGGGUUUUAGAGUAAAGGACAGGACCUCAUUGGUGCCUCCACUUUCUCUCUGCUUCUUUUGUGACAAGCCACUACAUGUUCCUGGUGGUCUGCGUUUGCCCGCAACCCUGAAAAAGUAUGUCUCUACCGAACACCCACCACCACCGGACACGUUCAAAAUAUCAGCACCAGCGUAACCGUCAUUACAAUUCGAAUUUGGAAAGAGCGUCCUUGCACUGUUUUCUAUUCAGCAGCCGCUAUCCGGCUUCUGCCUCGAUGGAACGGGGCAAAAAUCUAUGCGGCUGUGUUGUGCAUAUGGGCCACGCGUGUGGAACACUGGGACACAACAAUGUUCCUAGGUUCAUGUUUGGUGGUGCGCUUUGGAAGAGACUUUUUUUGCUAGGAAGUGAAUUUUUUCAGGAUCAAUGAGAGUGGGCGCUUGUGUUGUGGCACUGGAGUCAGGGGGACUCAUGCCCCUUGUCCGUUGCGGCGCUAUAAAUAUGCUUGAUACGACUAAAUGAAAGCACGCUGUGCCAUCACGUACGUCUGGGCCUUGGUACUGCACCUGUACCGCUGUUGUGGUUGUUUGAUCGGCGGACUUUAGCUCUAGAACAGUUAUUUUCUUCUUCUCUUUCGAUGAAAGGUGAUAGAUCGAUGGAUGCAGCGUCAGUGUUAUGGACCUGUAUUGUGAAGGCGAGAGAUGAAUGAUGGAUGGUCUUGAGAUUUGUAACUAGUAUGCUGUUUGAUGUGUCGUGCGUCAAGCAUGGCAGAGAACUGACCCACCAUCUUAAAAUCAUUGCGCCUUUAUCUUGGCUCACCAAAUUCAUGUUAUACUCUCUAACGUGAUGCAAGAUAGUUCAUUGUUUGAAAUUAUAAAUCGAUUUGUGCUACAGUAGUUCUGCUCUGUUUGCAUGAAACGGGCACAUCUUUUUUUUUCUUUUAUGCUGGUGGUACAAAUAUGUUCUCUCGCAUUAAAGUCUCGCCAUCAAUGCUUGAAGCCAUCAUUUCUUGUAAUGUAAGCCUAAUUGUAGGCACAGAAUAUAGCAUUUUCCUCAGUUCUUUUUUUCCCCUUCCAUCUCCAGAGGCUGUACUCUUGGUUGAUCACUUUUAAGGAUACUUUCAGUGUUGUGUGAUGGGACACCUGGUGUGACUCUAGCUGCUGGUGGUGUGUGGAAGGCUUUAUCCUCGAAAGUGAUUGACCAAGAAUGCCGCUCGAAGACUUGUUGACAAAAUUUGCUUCUAUGUUAGUCACUUCAUACAUAGUGCAUCUCAAGCGUAAAUGUGUGUGGGCCUUGGUGCUGUGUCAAUCUCUUUUUUUUUUUUCCUACGUGUUGUGUUUAAAGAAAACUCUCAUUAUCUUCAUACUUGCUGUUCUUUUGAAUGUUCCGAAUGCAUGAAUGGUGGCUGGAGCCAAAGUCUUGUGUGAAGCAACCUUUCUGCACUCUAGAUGAGGCACAGGGUUGUCAGAGUUCAAAGACUUUGUGCUGCGGCAACACGGAAGGUAGUGAUUUAGCUCAUAUAGGCCGUUUAGACCAAUUCAUUUGUUCAUUAGCUGGCCUAAACAGAAUAACUUGGAUGUGGCUUAUAUGGCUCUUUUUUUUCCAGCUCACAUUAUUCUCAUUUUCAUGUCAUUCAGCGCUGGAGCUCUUAUUGACUGAACUAUUUCGUACUCUACGUCACGCGAGGUUCUAUCGCAUCAUUUCACCGGCAACCAGAGGUUGCUUUGGCCAGCACGACAUUACUUUUAGUUUACCAAUACGCAAGUGAGCGGAUAGCAUUGUUGUCAGCGUAGUGGCACAUUCUGUCGAUUCUUUUAUUGACCUGGUGUCGCCACCACAUAACCUAAGUCACACUUAAGUUAUUCUUAAAGUGUAUUCUAAAGGAAUAGUAUCCCUUUUUUUUUUCUUUCUGAGGGGGGUGGGGGUGGUGGCGUUUAACAGUAUAGGUACAGCCACCUCAUCAAUUGUUGAGUUUUUUUUUCCUUUGCUUUGUUGAAAGUGCUUUUCUUCGUGUUAUAUGCUGCCGUGAUUGACCUCUCGAAAGCAAUGUUACGUGUACGAUUUUAUUUGAUGUGUACCCCACCUCCCGGCAUUACAAUUGCGCGUGCGGGUGUGCCGUGGAAAAGCCUUUUCUCGCGACCCCGCCGACUGUAUAUUUUGUACAUAAUGUGCACUCAUCACACGAAACACACGAGUUAGAUGUAUUCCGAGAGAGUUGAGUACAGCUCAAGCUUUUUUCUUUGUUUUUGUACAAACGUCCUGUGAUUGUACAAAAUAAGAACACAACACAGAAAAAAAAAGACAACUGUGAAUAAAGUGAGCUAAGCUUUGAUUGUUUGAA